UACACGUCCCCAAAAAAUGUGUUGCCGUGUUUUAGCAGGACUUUGGUAAACUAUGAAGCUGCACCACUUGAUGGAUUAUUAGAGAAUUACGCCUCCCGUAAUCAGGAGUGAGAGGUAUACUGUCUGUGAAUGAGCUGAAUUACGUUUGAGUUAGUUCACCUUGUCUUGUUUGCUGUCCUACUUUUAUUUACUUUACAGUUUUUAAGAUUAAGAACUUUUUCUUUAACCAAAGAGCCACAAUAGAGGGGUAAAAGAGCCACAUGCAAAAUUUCACUCUGUGGUUUUGACAAAAAUUGAUUAAAAAGCCAUCUAGUGGUGACAUGGUGAAUUGCGCACACCUCAGUUAAAUUUUAUUCAAACUUGCUUCAACUUGGAAGUCAAAGUUCUUCCUUUUGGAUCCACAUUCUGCUUGUUUGCCUCCUCUGUCAGUGAAAGCAUCAACACAUCUACAGUUAUGUGAUAGCACCCCCUGCUGGUUGGACAAGUACAUACUUAUUGUUGCAUGGAUGCAAUCAUACUUGUAUAAUUUUGUUCAUCCUCCAAAUCUGUUCAGAAAUGUUUCUUUUUUAGGUGUAUUUCUCUAUUUGAUAAUCCGUCAACAAGCCGCUGAAUGAUGAAGAGGCGGAGUUAUUCCAAGAAAAUCCUCCAGCAUUAAUCAUGAUACACUAUUAAUCACUAAAUGAUGAUAACUGUGCACUGGCAGCUCACCUGCUAAUCUGUGUGCACUAAGGCCUCCAUGAUGCUGCGCGCUCACAUGUCACAUCAAGCUUUUGUUUUUAACUGAGCCUGACAGUAAGCCUGUCAGCUGGAGGAGCUCCACGGCACGGUCAAGAGAAUGCCCAGCGUGGCGUGCGUCACUAACCAGGGCUCUGUGGAAAAAUGAAAGGAGGGGAGGAGAAAACCCUGACAGGAGGAGGUGGGCGCUGAAGAAAGGAACCUGUGACCUGGAGGAAGAGGAAGAGGAAGAAGCGGUGCGGUCAGCGAGAAGGAAUAAUCAGGUUGAUUUGGUAUCAUUUUUUUUUUUUUUUUUUACACUUGAGUUUUUGAGGAAAUGAGUUGCAUUCCUGCGUCACACAGUAUGAACGCCAUUCUCAGUCAAGUGGAUUCUCAGAUGGACGAGAGUUCAGGCCAGAGACGAGGCAGCAAAGCCUAUCAGAUUUUUCCCGAAGUGGACAUGGACGACAAUUCCGAUUACCCGGACGACUUCCUCUACAGGCGGGAGCGCCUCCCCUCCAUCGUCGUGGAGCCGACCGAGUGCAGCGAGCAGGAGAGUGAGGGGCCGCCCUGGCCCCUCUAUCCACUGAGCAAGGACGAGGAGGGGGAGGACAGCGGCGCCGAACCCGCAGAGGGGGCCACAGACGGAGAGCAUCUGGAGGACAUGCAGGAGGGGUCAGAAUUGUUGAACAUUUGGAGCCAAAGCAUCAAAUCCCUUCACUAUGCAACCACAUUUGAUGAAAACCAUUUUCUGUGUUGCAGCUCCAGCAGCCGGAAGUCCUCCAUCGUGACAUCCCAGAGUCAGCUGUCCCUGUCUCGACUGACCCCGCCCGCCUCCCCUGCUGCUCCCGAAGCGGCCCCACCCUGCUUGAGGAGCUGAAUCAGUGUGAAGAUGAACUGUGCACGCUGCCCCCAUUCAUGAUUUCACUCCCUGUCUGUCACCAGCAGAAAGAACGCGCACUCAGAAGUCACAAUCUCUGUUUUAUUAACAUGUUCUUCCCUCCUUUCUAAAAAUACCACCGCCCGUCUGCAGCUUUUAGAUUAAGCCACUGCACACCCUUGUUAUCAUGCGUUCUGUUCGAUUGGAUUAGGGAAUACAAAUGAGGAUGCAGCCAGAGAUUCAGAUUAAAUUCAGAUCCUUUCUCCUAAUCCAGGUGUUUGACGUUUGUGUGACCAUCCGAAUGUUUCUCUCUCUUUAAAGUGACAGGAUGUACUGCCCUGUUGGUUUGUUCGUUUUUAAUUCUGCAGGAUUGGUUUAAAAAAAACCUCUGCGACCUAAAUCCAGCAGCAAAUGCAAAAACGUUUCUUUAUUUUUUUCCUGCAGACAUUUAUUUCUGCAGGAAUGCAUCUUGGGGGUCAUCUCCAAAGAUCUGACCUCCAAGAUUAGGAGUUCAUUUUGUGCCAGAGAUGAAUGAAAUGAAAUACUUUGCCAAAAAAAUAAAAAGAACCCACUAAAUGUAUCUAUAAUCCCACAGGUCCAAUUACUCCUAAAGAUAAAUCAAAGGUUAAAAGGAAUUCUAUUGUUUUCUCAUAGAUGACUUUAUCUCCAACAUUUCCAUCUUUUUCCUUAGAUUAUUUUCAAACAGUGCAAUAAACUGAAGAGAAAUCCCUUUCACCUGCUUAAGUCCAGCGUUCGAGCUGGAAAAUGAAAAAUGUUGAUGUUGUAAAUACAUGUAGCUGAUUUAAUGCAACAUUUCUUCCAUAUUUGCCUCGAUUUACUUACUUAUGUCUUCAUGUCAACUUUGAGCUGAAAUACUUUAGCCACCCUUGCAUCAAGUCAAUUAAUAGCACAGACAAAAAAAGAACAUUUGUGUAUUUGUUGUAACAAUGCUCCUUGAUAAUAAAUCCUUCACUGUUUAAACAUUUGUUUGUUUUCCAAAUUGACACUUCAACCCCCCCUCUGCAAAAAACUAGGGA